AUGAUGUUUCUGUGGCUUGUUUUAUUGCCCUUUGUAGAAUCGAAUUAUACAAAAGAUACUAGUUUAUAUAAUCAGAGUUAUUAUAAUUAUUUAGAUGCUCAAAAUAAAUUAUUUGAUGAUUUAUUUGAUGGAUAUAGAAAUGAACUUUCACCAAUGUUUACGAGAAGUAGGUUUUUUCUUCUUUUCUUUUUUUUUUGAGAAAAAACUUUUCCAGUUAUACAAAUUUAUUUUCAGGUUCUGUGAGUUCAAUUGAAGAUCUACUAGAACUCGGAACUGAACCUUACCUGUGGAAUUAUACUGUUUUCUUAUAUUAUUUCAAACUUGUUGAAGUUGAUGAGCCAUCUGAAAAAGUUGGAGUUGUCCUCGAAGUCAUAGAGGUAAUUUUGAUUGAGAUUUCAGAGCAAAAAAAACAUCGAUUAUUUCAGUACUGGUAUGAUGCAAGAUUGGUUUGGGAUCCGUUCGAUUAUCAUAAUAUAUCUGUAAUUUAUGUUAGACAAGAGAAAGUGUGGAGUCCAACGUUUUCUGCGUUUGCUGUGUGAGUAUUUCUGGUGAUUUUUCAAGGUAUAAUAAUUUUGAUGUUUAGAAAUGAUAUCCAAGAUUUUCGUGAUCAAGAUUUCCGAUUGGUCUCACUUUCUUCAAACGGCCAGAUUUAUAGUUAUAUCCCGUGUAGGAUUUCAGCUAAUUGCCGAUUAGAUGUGAGUUAUACAACAACGUUCCACGUAUUUUCAAAGUCACAAUGUAAUUUCAAUUUUUAGGUCAAAAAAUUCCCAUUUGACACUCAAACUUGUCAAAUUCGUAUAAGUUUACCAAUAUUUUAUUAUAAGGAAGUGAAAAUUAUGAAUGAGAUAUAUAGUGGAAUUUUGACGAAGGAGCAAAUUGCGCAGAUGGGAAAUUCUGAAUGGAAAAUAUUGAAUUUGACUUCCCGUGUAGAAGUUCUCCAGUACCAUGAUGCAUUUGGAAAUAUACAAUUGGUAAGUAAUAUAAAUUAAAAUUUUUCAAAAUUAUGAAAUUUUAGAGUAUUUUCGAAUUGAAAAUGAAAAGAAAUCCAAUGUUUUAUAUAUACAUGAUUGUUUUUCCGUCGUUUAUUAUUAAUGCACUUUCAAUUAUUGGAGUUUUUAUAAUGAAAUCAGACAAAAUGUCUAGGGUAAAUUUGAACUUUUUAAAAAUAAUAUGUAAAGAAAAUUUCCAGCUAAACGUUGGUCUCACGAAUAUUAUGACAAUGACAUUUAUCCUUGGUGUUAUGGCUGAUAAAAUUCCAAAAUCUGGAGAGAUUCCACUUCUUGGUAUUUACAUUAUUGUCAAUUUAUUCAUCAUGCUUUUUGCUGUGGGAAUAACAAUAGUUUUGACUCGACUCAGAGAAUGGAUGAUUCAAAAAUGCCACCAGCAUCAAAAACAAACAAGGUAAUUUUUCAGAAAUUUUUCAACUAAUUCGAAAAAUGUUUAUUUCUAGAAUCAAGGAGAAAUUUGAAGAAUUUGUCAAGCAACCUCUGGAAAUUUGUCUAAUAUUUGCAUUGGAAAUGGCGAAUGUUGGAAAUUUUGUGAUGAUUAUUCUAUACUGGAUUACUGCAUAA